CUUCUUCCCCAAAACACCGAAUUACCUGAAACCAAAUUGAAGUCUGCUCCAGCGACCCAACCUCAAUCUUUGUAUCUCUUUUUUCUUUGGCAUUCCGAAUAGCUCUAGCUCAGCUCAGCUUCUAAUUAUUGUUGUUCUUGCGAUUCUUUAUUUUGGUGCUGCAGGGAUACAGGCUUUAAUACUGAAGUUUCCUGAAGGCCUCUCUGUGUCUUUAAUUCCUGCCCAGAAAGGAAAAUACCAAGUACCAAAACAAGACCCAAAAUACCGGAGCAUAGUCCUCACUUAGAAUCUAAUUAAGAUUGGAUAUGAAAGCACAAGGUGUGGGUGUGAAUAAAGAGAUAAAGAGAUACCUGAAACAGGAAAACACAGAGUCAUUGUUACGGAUCCAUCUCCCCCAGAAAAUUGUCAUACAUCCAUCAAGCAACUAAGAAGCAUACCAAGCUGAUGAAGAAGCAGCUGAAAAUAAGAGUGGAAUAAAAUGGCUAAUGCUUUGCAUGUAUCAAAAACUGCAAAAUAUUAGGGUUGAAACAAAUAGAGCAAAAUACACCCAUGAGAUUUAAUGUAACUGAGGACAGAUUUUGUUUUUGCUCGACAUUUGGAUUGUAAUGGAUACCGGCAUUACUGAAAGGACAUCUCCUGCCCAAGCCAAAUGGAGAAAAGUGGCCUACGGAGGGAUGCAACCUGGGUUCGAUGACAAUCACACUGAUGAAUCUUUUCUUGAAGAAAUGGUCACAAAUGCCAAUGUGGGCAAAAGGGACAUGCUAAAAGUGAUGCAAGAUUCAGUUUCCAUCGCCCAAUAUCUGUGCAUUGUAGCUCUCAUUGGUUUGGUUUGGAUAUACACCCUCAAAUCAACUCUUAAUGAAAAUUCCCUUUUGCUUCUUGAUGUCACCCUUCUUGGAUUGGGUUUUCUUAUUCUCCUCCUCACUCAAGAAAUGUUUUCCCUCAAUCUUCUCUUCCAUUACUUCCUCAAUAUUUCUUUCUUUACCACGGGCUUAUAUCUUCUGGCUCCCAUUUAUCAAACUCUUACAAGAUCAAUUAGCUCAGACUCCAUCUGGGCAGUAACAGUUUCACUCCUUGUGCUUCAUCUUUUCCUCCAUGACUACUUUGGAUCCACCAUAAGAACCCUAGGGGCUGCAAACAAUCCAACAUUGACAAGUUGCAUCUCUUUAAAUGCUUCUGUUGUGGCCUCAGUUUUUAUUGCUUCACGCCUUCCAUCGAGUCAGCUUGUGUUUGCCAUGAUGCUCUUCUCCUUGCAAGUUUUCCUUUUUGCUCCAUUGGUUACUUACUGUAUCAGGAAGUAUUCCUUCCGUCUGCACCUUUGGUGUUCUUUUGGUCUGAUGAUUGCGACCUUGGCUUUGGUUUAUACCCUGCACUUUUUUCUUUUUGUCGUGUUUUUAGGGUUGUUGGUUUUUGUAACUGUGGUCUGCCCAUACUGGCUUAUACGAAUGCAAGAAUACAAAUUUGAGAUAAAUGGCCCUUGGGAUGAGGCUAAGCUUUGUUUUGAUAUAAUAGAUUGAGAUUUUAAUGGCCAUUUGACUGUUCGUUGUAAUAUUUGGAAUGUCAAUGAAGAAAAUUCAUUGUUGUAUGAA